CGCACGUGGUGGACCUCGAUAGCUCCAAAUUCCGUAAACGAAAUUGUUUUUACGUGCGAUACGAUGGGCAGAUAAUAUUAAAUGGGGUAGCUCGAUCGACGUGUCGAACGUUAUCUGUCGUCACUACUUACGUCAUCCUCUCGAGUGAAUCGCUAGCGCGGCUGUGUAAAAAAUGGAGGAUAACAUUUUUAAAGGGAAAGGAGAGAAAAAGCACAAGUGCAGCUUUCCAGAGUGCAAGGCUGCGUUUAAUAGGCCGAAUAGGCUUCAGCGACAUUUAAAUCUUCACACCAAUCAGCGACCUUACAAGUGCAACGUUGACGACUGUGACAAAUCUUAUACAAACUUAUCCCAUUUGAAGCGACAUUCGCAAAUUCAUAGUCCGGUGGCCAAAACGUAUAAAUGUCAACAUUGCUUGUCGAACAUAAGUACCUUGAGUAAUUUAAAGCGUCAUUAUAAGAGAGCCCACGAUCCCGAUAGGGAAUUAUAUUGUCAAGAAUGUAACGUCGAAUUUAGGAAGAAAAGCUGCUACGAAGAGCACCUCUCCUCUCAUGAUAAUUCGUCGUUCUACAAUUGCGACAAGUGUAGAAAAAUAUUCAAAAGCAGUACGAAACUAAGGAAGCAUCUAAUGACUCACAGAUUAAAAAACUAUACCUGUACGAUUGAAAAGUGCGAAAAAAUGUUUGAAAAGUGGGCAGAAAUGGUAAAGCACAAGCGGCUUGAGCACAAAUCGGAGCACGCUUGUCCAAAGUGCAAUAAAGUAUUUUUAAGGAAGAACGCUUUGCGCAAUCAUUGCAAAAUUCAUGCGGAGGACAGGCCUGCUCUUCCGUGCCCCUACGAGCAAUGCAGUCGCCUUUACUAUUUCAAGCGAAACUUGAACUGCCACAUUCGUAGCGCUCACAAAGGUGGUAAGUUCACCUGCGACGUUUGCCAGCGACACGUGUCGACUAAGCAGAAACUCAGGAACCACAUAACGACAAUGCAUCUUACGGAGAGGCAGCCAACCAAAAGCAAAGCUCCCUUACCAAGACGCGAUCUGGGCAUCCCCAGGAAGUCCAUGCUAUCACGCUUGACCGGCAUUCGUUUGCCACCAAGCACUGAGACGAAACUUCUGCAUCGACUACCCAAAGCAUUAUUACGGGACCAAUUAACCAAGGACGACAGUUCUUACUCGGAGGAGGACAGGAGCUCGGACGUCAGUGCCAAGGGAGCCUGAACGUACAAACACCAUCUGUUCAAUUACUCGGCGCACGUG